GGCCAGCGGCUAACUAACUAACUAGUUAGUUAACUAAUUGAUUAGCAGCCCAGGCAGACGGGUAACUCACUUUUAAUGAGGCUAUCCAAGAUAACAUUCUCUAUCGCAGUAUUCCACAGUUAACCCCUAACAUCCAAAGAGAUAGCCCUUGCCUGUUCAAACGGAUUCAUCUCAUCAUCCUCUCUUCUAUUGACACACAACCAUGGAGUCAUCAUUGGAGUCAGAAUAAUGUGGACUAUAUACCCAAGUCAGACAUAGAGGUCUUGUCCCAGGAGAUCGAUAAAGAGCUCGGGAUGUAUCGCAUUCGAACCGGCAAUAAAAUCCGCUACCUUACGAUUGAGGUAGAUGCAUUUGAUGAAGAUACGAUGUGUCGACCGUAUCUAUUGAUUCCAGAACUCCCCAGCUUCCCCAACGCCCCGUGGACGAAGAUGGACAUCUGUCGCUCAAAUGACGGUUUAUUAAAAGUUACAACCUCAGAUGUUAAGCUACAGGGGGUCGGUUUUGUAUGGCAUCCAGAGAAAGUUGAGGUCCUCUCCCUCAAACGCACUCGAUACUACCGACACAACGUUCACGAAGUGAUCUUUAACGGAGCACCAGCGAUUGCGAAAAUCGUACGGUGGGAGUGGGAGCUCCCGCGCAUGGAGAACGAGACUGCUGUCUACUCAUCUACCAAGAUCAGUGCGCCCACCCAGAGGACCCGCCCAUUGCACCCCAAGUUCUCGCUCAUUUGA